GGAGAAAGUGCUGUCGUCUUGCACAGAUCUGAGCUUCAGCAAAGACAAGAUGCUGAGGGAGUUCUUAUUCACAGACGCCGAGAUAACGCAGCUGGUUAAGUCAGGGGUCCUGACUGUGAGGGAUGCAGGCAGCUGGUGGCUUUCAAUUCCCAACUCUGGCAAAUUCACCAAGUACUUUAUACAAGGUCGCAAAGCGGUGCUCGGCAUGGUGAAGAAGUCCAAAUAUAGCGAAGUCUUAAAGGCAGAGCUAGAAGAGCGGCGAACAACCUCUCAUGUGAAAUUCCACAUGAAAUACCACAUACAUGACAUUGUUGGUGCGGAGCUGGUGGAGAGCAUACCUACAACUUCAGGGACAUUGUUACGAUUUAUGGUUUCCUGAACCACAGCAACAAGACUGACUGAUCGGUGCUGUGUCGCAGCCAGGAAGAGACUAAAGAUGUACAAAGUGUUUGUGUAAAGACUGAGUUAUUAAUGUACGAUUUCAGAUUUAGAUUCUGUGCCAAAAUGUAUUAUGAAACCUUGUGGGUUUAUGAAUCGUCAAUUAUGUUGACAUGACCGUGUCAGGUUUGGUUUGUAAUAAAAACUGAUUUACUUUCCCUCAUAA